GAAAUUUCUUUUCUUUUGUUUAAUUCAGAUGGAUUCAUGUUCUCAACGCUCUCCAUGAUUCAACAGAGACGCAAGUUACAGAAUCAAAGAAAGGAAUGUGUAUAUGAAUAAUUUUAUGAAGCGUAUCCAAUUGAUAAACUCAUUGUUAUACGAUUUCAAAGAUGCAUAUAUGUGGAGAAAGGAGGAGGAGGGAGAGAGAACUGUGAUGCCAUCUCUCUCUGAUCUGUUGUCUGUGACAUGGAGAACGUCCAUUCGUUGGAGCAGCUGCUGGGUAUUCUAGAGGAAGACCUCCAUGAAGAUGCAGAGUCCUUGAGAUCAUCCUCACAGGCUGCGUUUUCUUCCAUUGUUGAAAACUUGUUUGAUCUCAGCUGUGCUGAAGAGCCUUCCCUGCCUGCUGAACCAGUAGCUCAUGUUUCUUCGUCUUCUGCAAAACCACCAAUGAGCAGAGCCAGUCUCCGUGCCUUGGAGAGGAAGAGGAGGGACAAGCUGAAGGACAAGCUCUUGGCACUCCGCUCCUUGGUUCCUUUCAUCACAAAGAUGGAUAAAGCUUCAAUCGUGGGGGAUGCGGUCGUCUAUGUGCAGAAGUUGCACAAGGAAGCCAUGGAACUCGAACAAGAAAUCCGAGAGCUCGAGUUGUCGUUUGGUUGCAGUGGACAUGGGGAGUAUGAUACAGAUGACAAGUUUAAGCUUUCUGGAGUCUCUGAUCAGCCGCGUCAUGAUUCUUACAGAAUUUUGCAGCUGGACGUGUUUCUGGUUGAGCAGAGAAGAUUCUAUGUCAAAGUCAUAUGCAGCGUGAAGAAAGGAGUGGCGCUGGCCCUGUUGCAGGCCGUGGAGUCCCUUGCUUGUUUACAUGUGCAGAGCUCAAACAUGGCUGCCUUUGACUCAUUUAUUGUCUUCACCUGCACGGUUCAGGCUGCGCAAUGCUUAGAAGAAAGCAACGAGCUCACCUUGAAGAUGAAGCUGAUGGCUGCUUUCAUCAAACGAAAGUUUGUCCAUCUUUGAGUUAUGAUGCAAAAGCAAGUGAAAGUUGGCGCCCGCAGAUGUUACAUCAGAAGGUGAUCAACAUCAGCCAAGCUAUGGAACCAAAUAGAUUUUGAUGUCCUGAUUUUCCUUGUUGGAGAGUCUGAAUCAGAAACUUCAGAUCAAAUGGUUCCUUUAACAAUGGGCAGAAUUUUAUUGUUUUACGGGUGUAAGUUUGGAGUUGCUUUUUCCUUCAUUUCGAAGAAUUAGCAAGAUUUUACUGCAA